CAGCGCGAUGGGCAAGAAAGUUACGGAUCAACAUACCGUACCGGUACUGCAAAUUGUUGGAAACCAUGCAUCGAGUGCAUUUUAAGCCCAAGUCAUCAAACACUCUUCAUGAGAUAUUAAAGGCAUGGCGAGAUAAACCGAGAGAAAGCAGGAAGUCGCGAAGGAAAGAAUUAAAAGAGUCCGUUCGGAAUCUGCUUGACGAUCAUCACAAUUUCGGGGAACUUCUUCAAGAGGUCCAGGGCUUCCAGACAAAGAGAUCAGAUGGGGUUUCCAGUGGUAAGAAACAGCACCUUGACACCAUCUCAUCAGCUUCGUCUAUCAGUUCUAUGAACCAGAUCAACAAUGUGGAAUGCACAGAUAUCAAGAAUUUCACUUUGGAAGUCGAUUCAAUUACAUCAUGCCUGGAGCAUCAAGCUAGCUUGACUGGUGUUCCCAUCUCUCGACUAGCUUCUAAGAAAUGUGCCACACUACUCACUGAGAACACCAUCAUGAACCAGAAACGGUUAGAAGAUCAGGAACUAGUCUUGCCAUAUCUCAACUCAGAUUAUAAGAGAAAGGUUGACCUUGUAGUAAGUCUGAUGAAAAGAUUGGACACCGCACAUAGCUUUCACAGAGGGCAGUUCAUUGAAGCACUGAGUGUACAGAUUCAGAGCAGUAACGCUAAGUUUCCACCGUGGCUAUUGUGGCAUCUCGAUAGGGAAUCUAUCAUGACCUUUGACCUUUUUGUGACCGCUAACCUAGACCAUCCAACAAUCCUGCAUCAUGUGGCAGUAGACCUUGCCAAUUUGAUGACAGGAACUCGGCAAAGAGAAGGGGACACCCGUGAGGUGUCACGACAAGUCUUUAUUGACACUCUCAUACACUUGAUCCACAUUGCAUAUCCAGGCAAAGAUACUUCAUUUGCAGGGGACUCUACUUCUAAGUCUGUGAAAGGAAUGUUGGACACAGUGCUUGCAAAAUUGAUUGAAGCAGGCCAUGACAGGGAUGCAGGGAUCGACAGUCAUGAUUGCUUGCUGCCGAUGGAAAAGAUACAGAGGCGUGUCACGAAAGAAUCCUGCCAACAGUUUUCUCUCCGUCAUAUCACCCAACUUUUGUGCCACAAUCCAGCCUUUUCAGUUACAGAUGCCAUUAGUAAGCAGCAUGAGUGGAGUUUUGCCAAGGCAUCCCCGUGUAUUCUGGGUUUGUUCAGACAGUUAUUAAUACCACUACAAGAAACUGAUGCUGUGGGACUACUUAGAAGAGUCUUGGAUCAAGAGGAAGUAAAUUGGCAGUCAACUUUAAUCUACACUUCAAUGAUUGUAAUCUAUUACCCAUUGGCUCAGCAGUUAGUCAAAGAGUGCAUAUCUGACUUUAUUGAGCAAGCUUUCGAGAGCUAUGAGGAAGAUCUCCUCAUAUGCGCCUUCCUAUUGGUCAGACAGGCAGCCAAUGAGGGCCCUCAUGUCUUCCCUUCAUAUGCCUCAUGGUUCAAGGAGACCUUUUCUUCUUCCUCUACCUUGGUUCACAGGAAGUCUUUCUUGUUUCUCACAGAGUUUCUUACCAAGCUUGUGCCUUAUGAAUCUGCUGUAUGUCUUAGGGCUCACGUGCAGAACCCACCUGCCGUUCCUUCCAAAUGCCAAGAGGUUCUUAGGGAUUACAUGCUCCUGGCAAAGACUAGGCUCUCUGAUCUCAAUGAAUCUUGGCAGGAUAGUGUAUUUCCUGGAGCAAACAAACAACCCACAGCUUCGAGAAGCGCAAGGCCACAAGACCAAGCCAAGUAUGAUGUAGAGAUAGCCGUAGAGUCCUAUGAGAAGAACAACAGAAUCCCUACAAAUGUCUUAGAAGCAAGUAUUUUCCGCAGACCUUACUACGUGACUCACUUCCUUCCGGCUCUGCUUACCCCAAGGAUGUUGCCAGACAUUGCAGAUGCAAAGAUGAAAUUGAUAGAAUCUCUUAAAAAUGCCAACAAGCUUCCCAUUGCCUUGUACCAGCAGUAUGAAGAGGCCUGUGCCAAGGAACUCAAUGAAUUACUUGAUGGUGCUUUCUCUGAAGACGUGAUGGAGGAUUGCCUUGAACCUCUAGAAGCCCUUAAAACUGGUCUUGAUAAACUCAAAGGAAUCGUAGUCAAGCUUCAAACGUCUCAGAGGAACGAUGCAACACUUCAGGGUGAGUUGACUGCUGAAGUGAGCCUCCUGUCGGACAAGAUAGCUACAUCUCUGGGUCUAGACGGUCCACCCGCACAUGAACUCUGUGAGGUAUCGACCGUCAAUAUCAAUGACGUCAAACCAACCGCUCUGCACAAGGAGGUUGCAGGAAUAGUAUUUGAUGCCUUAAGCAACAUCUGCAAGGAAGCAGGGUUGAUAAGGCUUAAACAUGAAGGAGUUGCCAUUGGAACCAUUCAGAUGACAUGGGCUCAUCAAUUGAUCACCAUGCUAAGUAGAUUCACAGAAUUGUGUAGUGCCCUGUAUCAACGUAUCUGGAUGAUGUUCUGUCAGCAAAUGCAGUACAAGCCUGAUGAUGUCAUCGUUGGUGCUGCUUGUUUCCUGUUAUACACACAUACAAUGAGAUCUAAGUUCCCAUCUGUCAGGGCAAUCGCUUCAUCCAAUACCAAAAAGCCUUGUAGUCUUUUAGAAGCCCUCAGCUCUGAAUUAUCUCUCAGUACAUCACAACAAAUGUUAUCAGCUGCAAGAUUGACAUCAUCGCUACUCCACCUCUCGCUCUGUAUGUCUGCCAAAGAGACGAAGGUUGAAACCAAACUACCUCUCCUCGUUAUAGAAAAGUUUUGUUUCCUCAUCCCAAGACUGUGUCCAGAGACGAGAACAGAGGAUUGCAACAUGCAAGAUAACUCCCAUGAUGCAUUGCAGGAUGAUACGUUACUUGCCGUCGGAAGAACAAUAAUGUCAUCGCCUGCGUUCAGUAAGAUGCUUCCAGAAUCCAAGCUUUCUUUUUCUCAGUGGAUUUCUUACGAGCUGGAGAUUAGCCCACAUGAAGAUAUGUUGAUGGAUUUAGAGAGACAUGACUACCACCAGUGGGCCAUCCUCUGUUACUUCUUACCCCUCCCCGAGGCCCAGGGGGGUUGUGAAGGGGGUCACGAUCCAGCCGUCCAGACCCUCAUCAAUGGACUGAUGGACUAUGAGACCCACAGUGACCACCAGAGAGUGACUGAUGGAGUGGAUGACAGCAAGGACGUGGAUGGUCAUCAUCAUCAUAGAUGUCAUGGUGGACAUUCGACUUGGAGAGAACUGCUACAGUCAUUACAGGAGCUUAUUUCAUUGGUUGAUGUCGGUCAGGUGGACAGUCAGAUGUCAGGUGAUGUAGAGAAGUCACAUGAUCCGUGGUUGCUGAGAAAGUUUUAUCAACGUGAAGCCAAGAUGAAGACGAAUCCUGAUGAAGCACCUUCUCACUCUUGUUUUCCAACAGAAGCAAUUGAAAUUCAAGCAUUUAUGAGGAUUACUUGCUGCUUGCCACCAUACCUUCUCUUUACCUCUCACCCUGAGUCAAGUCCCAGGCAGAAGGACCUUGAGGCGCUCUCUCAUUUUAUUGGGACAAAACUGAGAAAUCAUUGUAUGGAAACAUGGGGCAGCUUGUCCUAUCUUCUAUCUGCUCAUCUUGUCAAGGGACUAGUGACGUGUUGCCAGAGUAGCGGGAAUUCCUUCCUGCAGCCUUUUCUCCUAUCCACACCUCUCCUCUUGGGAUCUACUGCAGUUCAUUGGAGAAGAAUCAGGCCCUUCAUCUUGCAAGCCUACAGACAGGGACCUAUUCCCUCCAUCUUCCGGAACAUCCAGGAUCUAUAUACAGCUGCAGACAACCUCACAGGCCAUACCUCUGGCUCUCCCUCAUCGGCAGCAAUAUCAGCAUCAUCAAAGACAGCAUCAACAUCGUCAUGGAGGUCAUUGUCUGUGGGCAAUGCAGCUAGUUCAGGAUGCAGUGUUUCCACGGAGACCCCUCCAUGGCUGUUUUCUCUAGUUUUAUAUGAGGCAGUGAGAAGAAGGUGCAGUUUGGAUGAUAGUAGAGCCUUGACCGCUGUAAUACAGACGAUGAGUAGAGAUAAUCAGCAUGACCAACAGGUUUGUGUGGGUUUGUUAGAAUGUGCGAUUGCAGAGGAGGCUUUUAACAUAAUGAGUGGGAGGAAAAGUCAACAAAAAGGGUGCUCUGUGCUCAUUACCCAACAUGUACCUCGUUUGAUCCAACUUGUACACAGUUCGUCAGUUUUGCAGCACAGUUUAGUCUCAAGUUCGGUAGUCCAACUCUAUCCUCUCAUUAUAAUGAGGAGUUUCCUUCCAAUUCGAAGUGAGAUGCAGUCAUUGCUAUCCCAGCAUCCUCGGUUAAUAGAAGUCUUGCUUGAGACCCAUAAUGCACUGAGUGAGCUAUACUGCCGAUCUGGAGGGGAGCCCCUUCAACCAACCAGGGGUCUCAGAAGAAGCUUCAAACCAGACAAGGAUGAGGUUUUGUCCAGCGAUCUGAUGUUGGCAUGCUCUAGAUUUCUGCAGUCUUGCAUCUCAGUAUGUCCCGUGACAAACCUGAGAAGCAUCAGGGCCGAGGUUAUGGCUUCAUGCGAUGAUGAACUCCAGGCAGCUGUAAGACGAUAUACCCUGGACAGGAGGUGAAGGUUAUCAAGUGAUUCUGUCAAGAUCAUCUUAAGUUCUUUCAUUCUUGGACCUCGGGAUGUUCCGUAGUGAGCAUGAGAAGAAUAAGAGCCAAGGUUAAGGCUUCGUGCGAUGAUAAACUUUAGGCACCUGUUAGAGGUUAUACCUUGAGCAGGAGGUGAAGAUUGUCAAGUGAUUCUGUGAAGAUCUUCCCAAGUUCCUUCACUCUUGGACCUCGGGAUGCUCCGUAGUAAACCUGGGAAGAAUUGGGGCUGAGGUUAUGGCUUCAUGCGAGUGGUGAUGAGCAUGGAUGCCGAUUAUCGAGGACAGUUUUCAGCAAAUUUGGACCUCAGCAUGUCCCGCAGGAAACCCCAAGAUGAAUCAGGGAUGUGAUGUGAUAGUGCCAGUAUGCAUUGAA